CGCAAAUGCAAUGGAGUCCAUCCAAACUUUGCCGGGUGUUGCGUGGAGCUCUCUUUUUGAUCUGGUUGCUCACGACUUGAGUAGUUUUCCAACAUCAAGUUCUCCUGCCCAGGAACAGCACUUUGAUGCCGGAUUUUGUAAAGAGCUCCCAAAUCCUGUUGGAGUCAGCAUGAAAAAGAGGAAAUUGGUCCAGGAGACAAAGGACUAUGUGAAAAAGCCACUGAACGCGUUUAUGAUCUACGCAAAGGAGCAGCGUCCCGCGUUGAAAGAGUUACAUGCCAACCAUGACAGUGCCAGCAUUAAUAAACUUCUAGGACAGAUGUGGAAAACCCUGCCUUUUAGCGACAGAAAAAAAUAUUUGGAGGAGCAGAAGCGCUUGGACCAGGAGCACGCAGCAAAAUAUCCCAACUGGUCAGCCAGCGACAACUAUGGCAAAAGAAAGAGGAGAAAGUGUUCCCUGGCAUCACGAUGUACGAGCCAACUCCCCGCUGCCUCUCCGGUCGCCGCAUCUCUGAGCGAUGCGUCUCCAGACGCUGCCUAUUGGGUCACCUACUAUCCGGUUGCUGCAUCUCCACUUUCUGCCUAUCCUUUCGCCGCUGCUCCGGUCAUCGACUAUCCGGUUGCUGUGGCCCCUGCUCCAGUUGUCGCCCCCGUCACCCAUUCGCCACCCUCCUCUCCUGACGGGACAGCAGAGCUCAGCCUUGAGCAGGAAUUCAAUGAAUUUUUAUUACAGCUGGCAAAUCAGCCCGUCGAUCAAUGGCCAGACGAUCUCUUAAAUUUGUAAAUAGUGUAUAUUUUAAAAUGUUAUCUUUGUCCUUUUUAGUGUUGUUUUGAUCUUUUUUUAUGUAAAUAGUGUAUAUUUUAAAAUGUUAUCUUUGUCCU